GGUCCGCAGCCGCGCGGCGCUCGGCGCCCCAUUCAUGCUGGGCAGCGGCAGCGCGGCCACGCAGUGGAGCCCGGGCGCGGUGGCGGCCUCGGCCUGGGCGGCCUGCGAGGCUUCAACAGCCCCGCGGCGGGACAGGAGGCGCGGCGGGCGACGGGGCGCGGCGAUGGCCGGCGGCGGGGCGCGCCCCGGGGCGGCCGGGCUGAGGCUCCCAGCCCCGUGAUGCUCACCCCUACAGAACUCGAGGACCGAGGCCCAGGGUCCUGGCCUGCCAUGCCGCUGCUACCUCUGAGCCCUCGGACACUGCCGAUGCUGCUUCUGCUGCUGCUGGAAGCUGCAUGGGUGGCCGUAGGCUCGGCCGGGGUGAGUGGUCGUCUACAGCCCGCCUUCCGCACCUUUGUGGCCAGUGACUGGGGCCUCACCCACCUGGUAGUCCACGAGCACACGGGUGAGGUGUACGUGGGCGCGGUGAACCGCAUCUAUAAGCUGUCAGGGAACCUGACGCUGCUGCGGGCACAUGUGACAGGCCCCGUGGAGGACAAUGAGAAGUGCUACCCGCCCCCCAGCGUGCAGUCCUGCCCACACGGCCUGGGCAGCACUGACAACGUCAACAAGCUGCUGCUGCUGGACUAUGCUGCCAACCGCCUGUUGGCGUGCGGCAGUGCGUCCCAGGGCAUCUGCCAGUUCCUGAGGCUUGACGACCUCUUCAAGCUGGGUGAGCCGCACCACCGCAAGGAGCACUACCUGUCCAGUGUGCGUGAGGCUGGCAGCAUGGCAGGUGUGCUCGUCACUGGGCCGCCGGGCCAGGGCCAGGCCACGCUCUUUGUGGGCACACCCAUCGACGGCAAGUCCGAGUACUUCCCCACGCUGUCCAGCCGCAGGCUCAUGGCCAACGAGGAAGACGCUGACAUGUUCGGCUUCGUGUACCAGGAUGAGUUUGUGUCCUCACAGCUCAAGAUCCCGUCAGACACACUGUCCAAAUUCCCAGCCUUUGACAUCUACUAUGUGUACAGCUUCCGCAGCGAGCAGUUUGUCUACUACCUCACCCUGCAGCUGGACACGCAGCUGACCUCCCCCGAUGCUGCCGGCGAGCACUUCUUCACCUCCAAGAUUGUGCGACUCUGUGUGGAUGACCCCAAGUUCUACUCAUAUGUGGAGUUCCCCAUCGGCUGCGAGCAGGCUGGGGUGGAAUAUCGCCUGGUGCAGGACGCCUACUUGAGCCGGCCCGGCCGUGCCCUGGCCCACCAGCUGGGCCUGGCUGAGGACGAGGACGUACUGUUUACUGUGUUUGCCCAGGGCCAGAAGAACCGCGUGAAGCCGCCUAAGGAGUCAGCACUGUGCCUGUUUACACUCAGGGCCAUCAAGGAGAAGAUCAAGGAGCGCAUCCAGUCCUGCUACCGCGGUGAGGGCAAGCUCUCACUGCCCUGGCUCCUCAACAAGGAGCUGGGCUGCAUCAACUCGCCCUUGCAGAUCGAUGAUGACUUCUGUGGGCAGGACUUCAACCAACCCCUGGGAGGCACAGUCACCAUUGAGGGCACACCCCUGUUCGUGGACAAGGACGAUGGCCUGACUGCUGUGGCCGCCUAUGACUACCGGGGCCGCACCGUGGUGUUUGCUGGCACGCGCAGUGGCCACAUCCGUAAGAUCCUGGUGGACCUUGCAAACCCUGGUGGCCGACCAGCCCUGGCAUAUGAGAGUGUGGUGGCCCAGGAGGGCAGCCCCAUCCUGCGUGAUCUCGUCCUCAGCCCCAAUCGCCAGUACCUGUACGCCAUGACCGAGAAGCAGGUGACCCGGGUACCUGUGGAGAGCUGUGUGCAGUAUGCAUCAUGCGAGCUGUGCCUGGGGUCUCGGGACCCCCACUGCGGCUGGUGUGUUCUGCAUAGUGUCUGCUCAAGGCAGGAUGCCUGCGAUCGAGCAGACGAGCCCCAGCGCUUUGCCUCAGACCUCCUGCAGUGUGUGCAGCUGACCGUGCAGCCACGCAAUGUGUCCGUCACAAUGUCCCAGGUGCCGCUCGUGCUGCAGGCCUGGAAUGUGCCCGACCUCUCAGCUGGUGUCAACUGCUCCUUCGAGGACUUCACCGAGUCUGAGAGCAUCCUGGAAGAUGGCCGCAUCCACUGCCGCUCACCCUCUGCCCGGGAGGUGGCACCCAUCACUCGGGGCCAGGGAGACCAGCGGGUGGUGAAGCUGUACCUGAAGUCCAAGGAGACGGGGAAGAAGUUCGCGUCUGUGGACUUUGUGUUCUACAACUGCACUGUUCACCAGUCCUGCCUAGCGUGUGUCAAUGGCUCCUUCCCCUGCCACUGGUGCAAAUACCGCCACGUGUGCACGAAUAAUGCUGCUGACUGCGCCUUUCUGGAGGGCCGCGUCAAUGUGUCUGAGGACUGUCCACAGAUCCUGCCCUCCACGCAGAUCUAUGUGCCAGCGGGUGUGGUGAAGCCUAUCACCUUGGCUGCUCGGAACCUGCCCCAGCCACAGUCGGGCCAGCGUGGGUACGAGUGCCUCUUCCACAUCCCAGGCAGCCCGGCCCGGGUUACUGCUCUGCGCUUCAACAGCUCCAGCCUGCAGUGCCAGAACUCCUCGUACUCCUAUGAGGGCAGUGACGUCAGCGACCUGCCCGUGAACCUGUCGGUUGUGUGGAAUGGCAACUUUGUCAUCGACAACCCUCAGAACAUCCAGGCCCACCUCUACAAGUGCCCAGCCCUGCGCCAGAGCUGCGGCCUCUGCCUCAAGGCAGACCCUCGCUUCGAGUGUGGCUGGUGUGUCGCCGAGCGCCGCUGCUCCCUGCGCCACCACUGCCCGGCUGACUCACCUGCCGCCUGGAUGCACGCCCGCCAUGGCAGCAGCCGUUGUGCGGACCCCAAGAUCCUCAAGCUGUCCCCAGAAACGGGCCCCCGGCAGGGGGGCACGCGGCUCACCAUCACUGGAGAGAAUUUGGGCCUCCGGUUCGAGGACGUGCGGCUGGGCGUGCGUGUGGGCAAGGUGCCGUGCAGCCCCGUGGAGAGCGAGUACAUCAGCGCAGAGCAGAUAGUCUGUGAGAUCGGGGACGCCAGCACGGUGCGGGCCCAUGACGCCCUGGUGGAGGUGUGUGUGCGGGACUGCUCUCCGCACUUCCGGGCCCUGUCACCCAAACGCUUCACCUUCGUGACGCCAACCUUCUACCGUGUGAGCCCCUCCCGAGGGCCUCUGUCAGGGGGCACCUGGAUCGGCAUCGAGGGCAGCCACCUGAACGCGGGCAGCGACGUGGCCGUGUCCAUCGGCGGCCGGCCUUGCUCCUUCUCCUGGAGGAACUCCCGAGAGAUCCGAUGCCUGACACCCCCUGGGCAGAGCCCUGGCAGUGCCCCCAUUGUCAUCAACAUCAACCGUGCCCAGCUGGCUAACCCUGAAGUGAAGUAUAAUUACACCGAGGACCCUACCAUCCUGAGGAUUGACCCCGAAUGGAGCAUCAACAGCGGUGGGACCCUCCUGACAGUCACAGGCACCAAUCUGGCCACCGUCCGUGAACCCCGGAUCCGGGCCAAGUACGGAGGCGUUGAGAGGGAGAAUAGCUGCAUGGUGUACAAUGACACCACCAUGGUGUGUCGGGCGCCGUCUGUGGACAAUCCCACACGCACCCCUCCGGAACUGGGGGAGCGGCCCGACGAGUUGGGCUUCAUCAUGGACAAUGUGCGUGCCCUGCUGGUGCUCAACACCUCCUCCUUCCUCUACUACCCCGACCCGGUGCUGGAGCCACUCAGCCCUACUGGCCUCCUGGAGCUGAAGCCUAGCUCCCCGCUCAUCCUCAAGGGCCGGAACCUCUUGCCACCGGCACCUGGCAACUCCCGGCUCAACUACACAGUACUCAUUGGUUCCACGCCGUGCACCCUCACCGUGUCAGAGACGCAGCUGCUAUGCGAGUCACCCAACCUCACUGGGCAGCACAAGGUCACGGUGCGUGCGGGCGGCUUUGAGUUCUCACCGGGGAUGCUGCAGGUGUACUCAGACAGCCUGCUGACGCUGCCGGCCAUUGUGGGCAUCGGUGGGGGCGGAGGCCUCCUCCUGCUGGUCAUUGUGGCUGUGCUCAUUGCCUACAAGCGCAAGUCCCGUGACGCUGACCGCACCCUCAAGCGGCUGCAGCUCCAGAUGGACAACCUGGAGUCCCGUGUGGCCCU